AACUGUGAGACGAGUGACACUUAAUCCAUUUUCUGUUGUGGGAUGAGUCAGUUUCUUCUGUGGCAGUGAUUGUGAAAGAGACUUCAGGCUUUCAAAUCCACAACCAUGGCCCAGGACAUGACUCUACUGUGGGGCACUGGCUCUCCCCCCUGUUGGAGGGUGCAGAUCGCUCUGGAGGAGAAGAACCUGCAGGGCUACAACCAAAAACUGCUCUCCUUUGACAAAAUGGAGCACAAGUCCCAAGAAGUGUUAGAUUUAAAUCCAAGGGGACAGCUUCCCACCUUCAAACAUGGAGACACCACUGUGAAUGAAUCCUAUGCAGCCUGUUUUUACCUGGAGAGUCAGUUCAAGUCCAAAGGAAACAAACUGAUCCCAGACGAUCAGAAAGAGCAAGCACUUAUGUACCAGCGCAUGUUUGAGGGGCUCACCUUCUACGAAAAACUCAAUGCAGUCAUCUACUAUGAGUGGUUCGUCCCUGAGGGCGAGAGGCAUGACUCAGCUCUAAAGAGACACAAGGAGGCUCUAACCACUGAACUCAAGCUCUGGGAGGGUUACCUGCAGAAGCUGGGCUCCAACACUAACCUGGCUGGACCGUCCUUCUCUCUGGCAGAUGUGACUGUUUUCCCAACGGUUGGCACUCUUUUCAGAUACGGGCUGUCUGCGGAGCGUUACCCCAAUCUGGGAGCGUAUUACGCUCUGCUGAAGGAGCGACCCAGCAUCAAAGCCAGCUGGCCUCCUCACUGGCUGGAGAACCCUAAGGGACAAGAUACACUCAAAGACAUCUGAGAAUCUGAACACUUCACUGUCACGUCAGCCUGUGGGGAUUUUGGUUUCUCUAAAAAUGCUUUUGCUCAAUAUAUUUUCCUUUUUAACAGUUUGUGAAAUGUGAUACGAUCCCCUUAUUUUUUGGCUUCAAAAGGGAAGAAACCCUUAAGAAUAUCAGUGUGUUCUUAAUAUGUUAGUGUUGCAAAAGCAGAAACAUCUAACACUUUUUGUCAAGCAAAGACUAACACUGAGGUUGAUUUUGUUUUCUUGGAGAACUAUUUAUCUCAAAUCUUGACUGCACAAACCAGUCUACCAACAUGUGCUUUAACAACUAUGCAGAGUGUAGUGUUUGCAGGGUAAGAGUCAAAGGCUACGGGCAUAAUGAGACCCUGAGAUAUUGUUAACAUUGCAGCUUUGGUAACUCAGUAUAUGACAUGUGUAUCUAACAUCAAUCCCUGCUGAUUAAUUACAUGCACACACCACCAAAACUACUUCAAACGUGUUGUCAUUCAACCUCAGUCAUUUAAGUUAUAAAGGUUUCAAACUACUUGUUGUAUUGAAUAACUUCCAUUAAAUCAAACAUGCAUUAAAGACCGUUAGCAAUGUAACCUGAAUCUUGUACUAUGUAGAGAGUUCAGCACACCUUCAGAGGAGCUGAUCUGAUCUCUCAAACAUAACUUGUUCUGGAGCCGGUUAGGGGUGCAGCUUAAUUAUCUACCACAAUAAGGAGGGCCACCUUUGUUGGUCUUUAAAACCAAAGACCAACCCUGAAGUUCCCUCUUCAAACGUAAAUUCUUCUCUGUAGUAGUAGUAGAUAUUUAAGGCCAACAUACAAACUAAGAUAACUUAUGUAAGCAUAUACAACACCUUAGAAUGAGGGAUAUAUUAAAGCUUUUGCAGUUAGAAUGUUAAGUAAGAGGUGCGCGUUGGUGAUUAUACAAACAUUAAGAUUGAGAUCACUCCUUGCAAAGUGUUGUCAAAUAAAAAAGUUGAGCGGCGUCUUUAAGGA